AUGACCGGUGCUUCCAGAAACUACUCCAAGACCUACAAGGUUCCCAAGCGUCCUUUCGAGUCCGCCCGCCUCGAUGCUGAAUUGAAGCUCGUUGGUGAAUACGGUCUCAAGAACAAGAAGGAAGUCUGGCGCGUCGGUUUGACUCUUUCCAAGAUUCGUCGUGCUGCUCGUGAGCUUUUGACCUUGGAUGAAAAGGACCCUCGUCGUCUUUUCGAAGGUAAUGCCUUGAUUCGUCGUCUUGUUCGCAUCGGUGUCUUGGACGAAACCCGCAUGAAGCUCGAUUACGUCUUGGGUCUCAAGAUUGAGGACUUCUUGGAGCGCCGUCUCCAGACUCAAGUCUUCAAGCUCGGUUUGGCCAAGUCUAUCCAUCACGCCCGUGUCUUGAUCCGUCAACGUCACAUCCGCGUUGGUAAGCAGAUUGUCAACGUUCCCUCUUUCAUUGUCCGUUUGGAAUCCCAGAAGCACAUCGAUUUUGCUUUGACCUCUCCCUAUGGUGGCGGUCGUGCCGGUCGUGUUAAGAGAAAGAGAGCCGCUGCUGCUGCCGGUGGCAACGACGAGGAAGAUGAGGAAUAAAUUAGUCUCCCCCUCCCGUCAUCGUCAUUUCUAAAUGCAAUCACACGCCCAACUUGAAAAUAAAAAAAUAAAACACAUCUGCACAUCAU